CCGAAAAACCGUUGCCGACAGCUGUUUGAUUCGUUUGCCUCCAUUUUCUUCCCUGUUUAAAAAAGGAAGCGCUUUCUCGUCAAGCACUUCGACGUAGUUCUAGUUUUGUUCGUGUCCUAUGUCCCGUAUUAGUGAUUGAGUGUUUGUUUCGAUAUGAUGUUAAAAUUACAUUAUAUUUGAGGGAAAUUUGUUUCAUAGUUGUAUGAAAUUACCCCAUAUCUAAAAAUAAUGCGCUAAGAAGCAUUCUCAAGCCAAGCGCUAAGUUCGGCACGCACGCACUAAUCUGCUUACAGCGUUAUUUGCUUGAAUGUCUCAGCAUUUAUAGGUUUUGUCCUCUAUAUAUAUACAUAUAUUGCAAGAUAGACGCAAUUGAAUAAACUGGUGACAAUCUGCAGAAAUAUCUAAACUAAUAACAACCUGAAGCAUUCAAAAAAGUAAAGAAGCAACGAAUAGUAAGUUGGUUAACUGUGCGAAAGGUAUUCAGAAUAGUGUUAAAAAUGGCGGCGUUCCGAAUUCAUGAAGAUUUGGAAAAGGAGAACCGCGUGCUGGCGCCUGUGGGAGGAAAGAAAAACGCAAUCCUGGCAUCUAACAAUGGCGCUGGGGGGCUACCAGCUGGAAAAAAUGUUAUUUUACAUUCCAUUGGCAUUCAGCACCAGCAACAACGGACUAUGUUCAGCGUUCUCAGCAAUGUCCAAAGCAAUGUGGCGAAUAUGGAAAAGACUGUAAAGGAGGGCAAAGUAAAAAAUCUACGUCCAGGCGGUGCUGUUCUGUUGCCUAAGUCUGGAAAAGUGAGUGACGAGAAUGCUGUGGAAGCUAAGCAGAAUAUACAGGUUAAGGCUGUUAAGAAAUCAUCCGUUCCAAAUGAACCAUUCAAAGGGUUCGAGAUAUACGACGAGUCGAAAGAAAAUGUAAAGGAAAUGUGUGUCCCUAAGAAAGAUGACGCGAUCCUAGAGAAGCGCGCUCCUUUGCAAGAGCUAAAACAUGCAGAACUGCUCGAAACUCCCAUGUCAGUGGGAGAAAACUUUUCUCCAAUGUCAAUAGACAAGUCGACUAGCAUAAUUGUCGAAGAAGGACCCAUCCCUAGGAACGAUCGCGAGCGUUUCUUCGAGGUAGAGGAGUACCAGGAAGACAUACUACUUUAUCUUAAAGAAGCCGAAAAGCGCAAUCGUCCGAAGCCGGGAUAUAUGCUUAAACAGACUGACAUAACCCAUUCUAUGCGCACAAUUCUGGUCGAUUGGUUGGUGGAGGUUUCCGAAGAAUACAAACUGCAGGGAGAAACACUUGCCCUUGCCGUAUCUUACAUCGAUCGAUUCCUUAGCUUCAUGUCGGUAGUUCGUGCCAAGCUUCAGUUGGUAGGCACAGCCGCCAUGUUUAUCGCAGCCAAGUACGAGGAAAUCUAUCCACCGGACGUGAGCGAGUUUGUUUACAUAACAGAUGAUACGUACACCAAGACCCAAGUGUUGCGAAUGGAGCAGCUCAUACUGAAGGUUCUUUCAUUUGAUUUGACGGUACCAACUUCGUUGGUAUUUACUAAUACCUACUGUGUGAUGAACGACGUACCCGAUAAAGUUAAAUAUUUAACAAUGUAUCUUUGCGAGUUGUCAUUGCUGGAAGCAGAUCCAUUCCUAACGUAUAUGCCAUCCAAAAUUGCAGCCGGUGCUUUGGCAUUAGCAAGACGCACUCUCGAUUUACCGAUGUGGUCGAAGAUGUUAGAGAAUAAUACUGGUUACAAAUUGGUCGACAUGAGAGACAUAAUUUUAGAUCUAAACAAAACUCAUGUUGAUGCAGUAACAAUGCAACAACAAGCAAUACAGGAAAAAUACAAAUCCAAAACAUACCAUGAAGUCGCAUCCUUACCUGCUACUGAGAUAACAAAAGAAUCUUUUGAUAAGAUAUGCGCUACAUUAUGCAAUUCUUCUGCUGCAACACUGCUACUUUCUAACACCGACAGUGAGUUGUUGAAAGAAAUGGGGCGAGAAAAUCCAUCAAACUUACUUUUCGUUUAGACGCCGUUAAAUUAUGAGGCUCUUUUGUCCCGUUAGAGAUUAUGUUUGCUUUUUGCUUAUUUAUACUUGAUCUUCAUGUUUAGACAAAUAUUCUUGAUGUAUUUGUGUCAUGCAUUCUUUCCUUACUUAUGUAUCGUUUACUUUUUGUAUAAUACUGCAAAAACCUGUAUUAUUUUGUAUGAUUUUAUAACGUUGCCGGAACUAUGGACGAGUUUAUUUAUAAACUUUUGCUUAUUUAAUGGCUUUGUCUUUCUUGAAACGUUUCCCACAAAAACUGUCUUUUCCUGUCAUUUUCUGUCAAAACUACAUGUUCGUCUAAUGCAGACUAUUGUAUGCCAGUGUUUUUGGCCAUGUCCAGUUCAGAAUAACAGCACAUACAAAUAAAAAUGACCAUUAAUGCGACUUUUGAACAUAAACCAUGAAUAUGGAACGUUUGUCGAUCUCUCAGUAACACCUUUGAAAUCGACGCAUCAGUAUAAGAACGGUGGGUAAUAAAUAGGAAAUAAUGACAAAUUACGACGAUGGCGAUUCAUACUGAAAUUAUAUUAAAUAAAAAAGAAUGCUUAGAAACUAAAAAGCGAUACAUAGUUGUAACGAAAUCUUAUGGAUUAAGACAUUACAAUUUUUUGUUAAACAUUUUACAGCGAAAUAAAAGAUAAUAGACACAAGUAAGAACAA